AUGAUUUUGCUUUCCCUUAUCACUUCCCUGUUUGGGAUGGUACUGAAUGCCAUAGUUCUGUGGUUGCUUGGCUUCCAGAUGCACAGGAAUGCCUUCUUAGUCUACAUCCUCAACCUUGCUGGGGCUGACUUUUUCUUCCUGUUCUCUCAGUUUGUAUAUUGUGUUCUUAUUAUCAUUGACAUCACGGACUCCAUUCCCAAUAACAUUGUAUCAUUUUUAUAUUUUGUAUCAAUAUUUCCAUAUGUUUCUGGUGUGAGCAUUCUCACAACCAUUAGCGUUGAACGCUGCCUGUCUGUUAUGUGGCCCAUCUGGUACCGCUGUAAUCGUCCAAGACACACGUCAGCUGUCAUGUGUGUCUUGCUUUGGGCUCUGUCCUUGAUGUUCUCAUUUCUGGAUGGGAACGAAUGUGUUUUACUGUUUCAUGAGUAUGACUCUAUUUGGUGUCAGACAUUUGAUAGCAUCAUUACUGUAUGGACAAUUGUUUUAUUUGUGGUUCUCUGUGGGUCCAGCCUCAUCCUACUUGUCAGGAUCUUCUGUGGCUCCCAGCGGAUCCCUGUAACCAGGCUGUAUGUGUCCAUUGCACUCACAGUGCUAUUCUUCCUGAUAUUUGGUCUUCCCUUUGGAAUCUACUGGCUCCUUGAACAAUGGAUUAAGAGUUAUUGUGAUAUUUUUGAUGAAGUAACUUUUCUGUCCUGUAUUAACAGCUGUGCCAACCCCAUCAUUUACUUUCUUGUUGGCUCCAUUACGCACCAUAAGAGAUUCAAGAUGAAGACUCUCAGACUAUUUCUGGAGAGAGCCAUGCAGGACACUCCUGAGGAGGAAGAAGGUGUUGAGAGUGGUUCUUAA